AACCCAAAUUCGAAAGUGUAUUGAAAGUUAGGAAUUUUCCUGGUGUGAGUCUGAGAAAGUGAAUUUUCCAAGAAAAUAAGAAUUGAAGAAGGAAGGAGAGAGAUGAGUAGUUCAUCACCAGCACAUUCUUCAAUAUCAACAACAGCAAUAGCUGGAGAAAGAGGAGAACGAAAUGGCAGCAGCAAUCCUGCUUUGUCUACAGACGACUUCUUCUUCCCCAUUGAUCUGAUUUCUAUUCAAGAUCGCAAAGAAGAGGCAAUGCUUGUUAUAAAAUCUGAUCUGAUGGACGCACUUAACAAGGUGGUUAAAUCUCUUGAUGAAGAUAAUUGGAUCUUUGAAGGACCACGCCACCAUAUCAACCCUAUAUCAAGAAAAGGCGGUUUUCUCCAGAAGCAUAUGGAAAUUUCAAAUAAUUGGAAUUUAGCCCCACCAAAAUGAUUUUCAGCUAGGAUGGAUAAUGUAUUUGUUGUAUUUGUAUGAUGUUAUGAUGUUAUGAUGUUAUGAUGUUAUGAUGUAGAAGCAGCAUGUUGAUAUGAAUUUCUGGAUUUGCUGCUUUGGCACAAGAUUGACAAGCAUUUUGUUCU